CUUAAACGAACAUAUUGCUAUCGACCAGUUAAAAGUCAAACUUGAAUACAAGUUAGUAGAAAUUAGGAUUUCAAGACGCAACAAGCGUUUCAAUUUUGUGUUCAUAAAUAAGAAAAAAUUAUAAUAAUAUGGAAGCAGAUGGAAUAGAAUUAAAUAGCAGGAUAAAUAAUGAGGAAAACAGCAGAACUGUGGUCAACUUGCAAACGCCCAAAAAAUUGUUACACUUUAGCGAUGGAGUAAUGGAAGAAUAUUCCGAUAGUGAAGAUGAGUGCGACACAGUUAUGAAAAAUUCUGAAGAAUGUGUUAAUGUGAAAGAUCUUCAAUGGGCUCCAUACAUGCGUUUUAAGGCAAAUAAAAUGGGAACUAAAGUGCUUUCGGGAAUAGACUAUGUCGGAGGUGGUCUUGCGACAUUUUUUGGAAUAACGGCGUCAGAAGCUGAAAUAGCAGCGGCUAAAAAGAGAGUUCCAUCAAAAGAAUACACAGAUGACGAAGAGCAAAGCAGUUCUUGGAAGUCAACGCAAAGUAGGACAGUUGUUUCGAAAGAAAUCAAAAGUUCAAAUUAAAUUUCAGUUAUUAUGUAUUUAGAUAUAGAAAUCUAUCACUGUUAAUCAAAUUGCAAUAUAUUAAAAAAUUAUAUUCUUCAUACGUUAAACUUA